AUGCGACAGAAGGGGAGCAACGUGGACACUUCGUCAGGAGGAAAGGGGCGUGGGUCCAGCAGCCCUAGUCGUGGCAAAUGGCACAGUUGUGGCCGUGGUACGCCAAGCCAAGACAGUACAGGAGGCACUAGCGGCAACGACAGAGGCACUCGUGACAAGAGACAUAUAAAGUGUUUCAAUUGCGAGAAAAUGGGACAUUAUGCGUCUGAAUGCUACAACAAGCGGCGUGAUGAUGAGGCUCACCUCACUUGCGCCACCGAUGAAGAGCCAACACUGAUGAUGACCGUGUCCCACGUGGAGUCUGACACUAGAUGUGAGCGGCAGGAUACCAUUUUGCUUAGUGAAGAUAGGUUGCUACCGGAGAUGUACUGCGACGUUAAUAAAGGAGAUAAAGACGUCUGGUACCUUGACAACGGUGCCAGUAACCACAUGACUGGCCAUCGUGAGAAGUUUCAAGAACUAGAUGAAACCAUCACCGGGAAGGUGAGGUUUGACAAUGGAUCAACCAUUGAGAUCAUAGGCAAGGGGACGAUUGUGUUCGAAUGCAAGAACGACGAUCGGAAGGCUCUCCAUGAGGUAUACUAUAUUUCGAAACUUUGUAGUAAUAUCAUAAGUCUCGAUCAAUUGACAGAAACUGGGAACGAGGUGCACAUGAAAAGAGAUACUAUGAAGGUGAUUGAUAGGAGCGGGAAGAUCUUGAUGCUGGUAAAGCGAACACAGAAUCACUUGUACAAGAUAACCUUGAAGAUAUUCAAGCAAGUGUGUCUCCUAGCAAGACCAGAAGACCCAACCUGA